AUGUCUCGUCUUCUCCUUACCAUCACGCUCGUUCUACAUACUGUUGUUUUGACCAGUGCCACCUGUGAUACUCUUGACGACUGCACCGUGUACUUGUCGGACUCCUCCCCGAAUAGAUGUGCUGUCGAGUCCAUAAGGUUCUGGUCUGAUGGUACAAAACCUGAUGCCGAAGAUGUCUACCGCCUUGGCACAGCUACUCUUACCGGUAAUUUCGGGAGUGAAACGGUACCUUACAAGUUCGCUAAGGGAGACAGUGGAAUACUGGGAGUCUCCCUCACCUAUCUUGAUUCGAGCAAGAACGCCUUCAAGAGGAUCAGAAAAAUGCCAGGUUGCUUCCCCUUGAUGACGAACGCGGUAUUAGAGAAGGAGGGGUUACCUUUCGUUGACUAUCACCCCUACGCGAAGGACGGGAAAGGAAGAGCUUCUCUCAAGGUUAUCGUAACAAACCCACCUCGAUUACGAGCUAAAGGUGCGGCCUUCAGGACGUUCCUGGUGUACAACUCCACGAAGUACGACUCCACGAAGUACGGCUCCACGAAGUACGGCUCCACGAAGUACGACUCCACACGCAAGCUAAUGAAGUUUGAAGACCGAAUUCCAGACGUUCCCGCGAAAGCACGCUGCGCCGGCUUCAAUGGAAAGGGUAUGGUUGAUUGCAUUUUUGGCGGGGAGAACUUUAAUUUAUGGCAAAUCGAGAUGAACUUUGACGGUGAAGCAACUUUGUACACCAGAUUUGGACCGAUGUACCUUACAUACAGUCUCUUCGGCCCGCGACCUCAGGGUGGCACGUUUAUUACAUUCAAAGGAUGGAACCAAGAGGAGACCGAACACAUAAGGGAAAAAAUCGGUGGUCAUAUCUUCUUCGUUGCAAAACAUUAUGUGAUUAAAGACGAUUUUGAUGAUAAACCGAUUUUGUUCAUUUACGCUGAUGUACGACAUGUCACAAAGAAUUUUGUGAUGUACAAAUAUAUACCACGCAGAUAG